CGAUUAACCUGGGAGGCCUCAUAUCAAUCAGUGAUACAAUGCUUAUGAGUUAUGAGGUAUUUUAAAACUGCAAGUGGACGAGAAGAGUAUAAUAUAUUUAUUAAUUUUAAAUUUUAAUUCACUAUACUGAUCGAUUGAUCAAUGCCGCUAUUGCACUUCCUAUCAUUCAGUCGUCAUUGGCUUAGUUUUUUUUGUUAAAGAAAUCCAAACAGUCCUCAGCAGUUGUUUGGACGAAAAUCGUAGUAUAAUAAUUUGGAGUAUCAUAGGAGUUCUUGCAAAUAUAUUAUAAUUUUAUAAUUAUCAACAUUAUAUAGGCAAGUAUUAUUUAUUUAUUUUUUUUUUCGUGCAGAAGAAAAAGUAUAACUAUGCCCCUGUGACAGGUACGAAGAAUUUCUCGAUCACAUAGGAAAGAGGAACGACAAUGUGGAGAAGAAAUAAAUUAUAUCCUAAAGGGAUCAAAACGUCAGCCGUGAUCGUCAUCGGUCUGCUGGUGCUUUUGUUGGCCAUCCAAUCGUCCAACUGUCAAGUCGACCGAUUUCCCGAGGUGACGGAGUGUCAAGUCGACCAAACCCCUGCAGUGGCAGUCGUGGACGAUCAAGUUGACCGAAUUCCCGCAGUGGCAACCGGGAAUGAUCUGCCGGAGCUGUGGAUAUCUGAGCUGUUUUACCGGGCGCUCUCCAAUUUCACAAUUCGGGACGUUGGAAGCGCUGCUUGCCAGACCCAAUCCGACAUGUACGAUAACAAUUUGCGGAACCACACCAGUUGGGCGGUCAGAAUGGCCGAGUCCUGGAACCGAUAUCCGACCGGCAUACUAGCGGGCAACCAAUAUCACAUGGGAAUUUACGACGAAUGCGUGGACGUGCGUCAUCCGGUGAUAGGACAGUAUUGCUUGUCUGAAAUAAAUCUAAGUUCGUUGACGGGCAGAGACUACAGUUUCAACAGAACGGACGAUCUAGACGAUUUUGGGAAUAAUAAUGCCUGGAAAACAAUACUCGGGUGGGAUGAUUUUCCGGACAAAGUGAAACGAAACACAUUGAAUUUAGGAAUAUGCAUUCCGGAUUCAUGUUCGGCGCUAGACCUGCAAACUUCAUUGCAAAACGAACUGGACAAAGUGUUCACGGCAGAAAAGAUCGAGGCCGUUGUCAAAGUGGAUCCGAUAAUGUGCACGGUCAAAGGAGACAUGUAUCCUUACAACACAUCAUACUACGUGACCAGGAUGUUUUUUCUAACGCUUAUUUUGAUUUGUUGCGGCACAACAUUGUAUCAUUACAUAAGAAUAUCAUACAACACAAAUCCAAAAAAAACCACCAGUGAAAGUUUCGGUUCAUUUUGCGAUACGUUUUCAUUUAUUAAUUCAAGCAAAGAGUUGUUAAAAUUCGAUGAGAACAACGAACUGAAUUCAAUCUAUGGUUUUAAAGUGCUUUUGAUGCUAUUCGUUAUAUUGAUCCACAGAUUAUUGCAUUUAUUUAAUAAUCCAAUGAUUAACCCUAAACGCGUGGAAAGGAUAUAUCACAAUGGUCCUGGUAUUGUAUUGACACUUACAAACGGGGUCGACCCAUUUUUUUUCAUUAGCGGUUUCAUCAUGAUGUAUCUGAACAUUUCUCGGUCAUCUAGAAAAGCUAAAUCAGGAAUCAAAAAAAACACAUCGCCAAUUAUCGACCGAGUGUCGAGAAUGUUACCGUCAUACUGCGCAAUGAUGGCUAUCACGGCGCACAUCGUACCUCACCACGGGGACGGACCGCUGUGGCCAAAGAUAGUAUGGGAAGAAGCCGAAAUUUGCAAAAAUUAUUGGUGGACCAAUUUGUUGUUCAUAACCAAUUUUCUUGAUACCAAAUACGGAUGCCUCAUAGUGAACUACUACGUGUCUUGUGAUGUUCAGUUUUUCGUAGUUGGAUUCAUAAUUGUGUACGUUUACAUGAGAAACGCCAAAUACGGGAUUAGAUUACUCUGUACGGUACUGGCUUUGUCGGUAUCCGUUCCCUUUCUGGUCACGUACGUGACGAAAAGAAUCGGAAUAAACUUAUUGCAUUUUCUAGACAGCUUAAGAUCUAACCUUGAUGUAAAUAAGUCAUACAGAUUAAGUUAUAUGCGAGCCACACCUUUUUUUGCUGGUUUAGCCACGAGCAUUAUCGUUGAAAAGCUGAAGGAAAAAAAAGUGAAAUUUUCACUUAUCACUGUCUAUGGUGGAACAUUCAUUGUUUUCAUAGUUUGUUUUUAUGCUCAGCUUUAUGGUUUCAAAUUUUACUCUCAACAUAGACCUUAUUAUCCGUUGGAACAUGCUCUGUUCUCAGUCAUAAAUCAUUGUACGUGGUCAGUAUGGACUAUGUGGUGUUGCAUUUGCUUGUUCACGACUGGAUAUGGUCCCCUUACAUACUUAUUUAACAACAGACUUGUUGUGGUCUUGGGAAGACUCUCGUACUCAGUUUUUUUGGUGAACAUCACUGUCAUUAUGAUGUCUUAUAGUACAAUAAGAUCACCGUCUUACCUUUCAAUAAGCUCCGUGAUGGAUGCAUGGAUAUUCGAUACAUUUAAGUGUUAUGUGAUGGCCUUAGCUUUAUACUUGGUAGUUGAAGUGCCGUUCUAUAAAAUUAUUAAAAAAUGGAUUGGAUAAGGGUAUAGAAGAACAUUUCCUUAAAUUAACAGCUUAUUAGUGAUUACUGAGUCAUCAAUAAAAAUAGAUUCGAUUAGUUUAUAACAACUGCAGUGGUUAAGUCUUAUUAAAAAAAGAAUAAAACUAAUUACAGUGUUAAUAUGUAAAACAUUUAUGCUAUAUCCAAAUGGUUUUACUUAGUAAAUAAUUUACUAAUGAAUGUGACUUUAAAUAAUUUUUAUUGUAUAUCAAAAAUUUUGAUACA